ACCCCAUUUCUCUGGACACUGGAGCUAUGACCCUCAGGAGGUGACCCAGGGGAGAAGGGAUGCAGGCCUAUGGUCCUCCAGAUGAGAGCCCCCUCCAAGGCCUUGUGGCAUCCCGAAUUGAGGCCUAUGGAGGUCGGCACCGGGCCUCUACCCAGAGCACUGCUGGCAGGCCCUGUACCCCAGUGGAGCAGGGUCGCCACUACUUCCAGCACUAUGUCCCCUUUGCCAAGGGCCCCCUGUACCCCUUCGUGUCUCGAGAACCAGAGCCUGAGAAAAGGCAUGGAGUGCAUUUUGCAGUCGGUCCACCUCACUCCCCCAGGCUGAAGGAGGUCACCAAGGCCCGGGAGCUGGAGAGGCGGCUGCACACCUUCAGCAUGUUCGGGAUGCCGCGCCUGCCCCCCGAGGACCGGCGGCACUGGGAGAUCAGUGAGGGCGGUGACGGCAGCCUCCACGUGCAGCGGUCCUGGAGGGAGCUGGUGACGGGGCACAAGGAGAUGAGUCGGGGGCUCUGCCACCAGCAGGAGGCCCUGUGGGAGCUGCUGACCACUGAGCUGAGCUAUAUGAGGAAGCUCAAGAUCAUGACUGAUCUCCUGACCGCCGGUCUGCUGAACCUGCAGCGGGUGGGCCUGCUGAGAGAAGUGUCCGCAGAGACCUUGUUCGGAAAUGUUCCGAGCCUCAUCCGUGCCCACCAGAGCUUUUGGGCAGAGGUGCUGCUGCCGUUCCUGGAGCAGACUCGCGCCUCAGGCCAGCCUCUGGACCCCAUCACGCUGGAGCACGGCUUCCUGAUGUUUGGCCAGCGGUUCCAGCCCUAUGUCCAGUACUGCCUGAGAGUGAAGCAGACCAUGGCUUACGCCCAGGAGCAGCAAGACACCAACCCGCUCUUCCACAUCUUCGUGCAGUGGUGUGAGCAGCACACACGCUCCGGCCGGCAGACACUGGGCGACCUGCUCAUCAAGCCCCAGCAGCGCAUCACCAAGUACCCACUGCUACUGCGGGCGGUGCUGAAGAGAAGCCCCGACAGGCGCGCCCAGGAGGCCCUGAGCACCAUGAUUGCAGCCGUGGAGUCGUUCCUGCGGCACAUCAACAAGCAGGUGCGCCAGGGCGAAGAGCAGGACAGCCUGGUGGCUGCAGCCCAGCGCAUCGGCCCCUACGAGGUGCUGGAGCCACCCAGUGAGGAGGUGGACAAGAACCUGCGUCCGUUCUCCACCCUGGACCUGAUGUCGCCCAUGCUGGGGGUCUCCCCAGAGCACAUCCGGCAGCUGCUGCUGGAGGGACCCGUGCGGAUGAAGGAGGGGCGAGACGGGAAGCUGGACGUGUACCUGUUCCUCUUCUCCGACGUGCUCCUGGUGACCAAGCCCCCACGCAAGGCAGACAAAGCCAAGAUCAUCCGGCCCCCUGUCAUGCUGGAGAAGCUUGUGUGCCAGCAACUGCGCGACCCCAACAGCUUCCUGGUCAUCAGCCUCACCGAAUUCCAGUGUGUUGCCAGUGCGUUUGUUGCAUACUGUCGCAGUCCCACAGAUCGUGCACAGUGGCUGAAGAAGACACAGGAAGCCCAGGCCACCCUGCAGAAGCUGAAGGCACAGGAGUACGUCCAACAGAAGAGGGAGCUCCUGGCCCUCUACCAGGACCAGGACCUGGAGUGCCCCAGCACCAGGCCCGCCACACCCUCCUUGGAAGGCUCUCAGAGCAGUGCAGAGGGGAGGGCCCCCGAAUUCACUGUCAUCACCCCCCACCUGGUGGUGACGGAGGACAUGGACGAAGACACCCCCUCUGUACCAGACGACGCCUCGGACUCUGGCUACGGCACUUUGGUGGCAAGCUCGCCCAAGGGCUCCCCUUCCCCGCUCAGCCGUCUGCGCCCCAAGGCCCUGCGGAGGGACCCCCGGCUCACUUUCUCCACCCUGGACCUCCGAGAGGUUCCUUUGCGCCCCCAGCCUCCCGACCCCCAAGCUCCCCAACGCCGAAGCGCCCCGGAACUGCCCGAAAGCAUCCAAAGAGGGGGCAGUCUCUCCAGGGGGGCUCCACCCACGUGGCCCGAGGAGGAGGAGGAGGACAGGAGCUCGGCUGGCCCGAAUGUGGGGGUGGAAACCCUGCCCCGGGCCCCGCGCCAGGGGCUCCCAGCCUGCCCGUCACGCGCCGACUCCGCAGGGGAGAGCUCCUGGGAGUCCUCGGAGGAUGAGGAUGAGGGCCUGCCCUUCCCGAGCCCCCGUCCCCACCCGCGCCGGGCCGAGGACAUGCUCCGGGAGAUCCGGGAGGAGCUGGCCAGCCAGAGGGCCCAAGGAGCCCCGGAGCCCGGGGACGGCGGGCCGCGAAAGCUGACGCGCGCCCAGCUGCGGAGGAUGCGCGGCCCCCGUGUCAUUCAGCUGGACACCCCGCUGUCUGUGUCAGAGGCCUGAGAAAUGCUGCUCCCGGAAGAAAAGUCUCCCCAAGAGUGCUGGCCUCUACCUCAAGGCCUUCCCCGGAGAAGCCUGGUCCGGCACCUGCUCCGCCCGCAGGCCUGGACCUCGUGUAUCACAGAUACCCCGAGUCCCACAUAAAGCUGUUCAUAGAACU